ACCAAAUCAACAUCUCUAAAUCUCUAAAACCCUUCCCUUCCAUUUUGUUAGGGUUUUGAACGAAACGAAGAGUAAUAAUCAAAUCAGCAAUGAUUCGCACCGCAAGCAAGUUGUCAAGAUCAGCGACUACCCUCUCCCGAAGCAUUCGGUUGCCAGGAGCCUCCUUCCAUGGACAUUUUCUACUCUCUGCUGCAUCACCACCGUCGAGAUUACUUCAUGAUGGAACCAACGUCAACGGCCCAAAUUCAAAUCCAGUUGUUUUUCAGAUGAUCAAUUACGCUCUCUCUCAUGCCAGGUCUCAGAAAUCAGAUGAAUCGUACGCACAAGGUUUGCUAGUACUCGAGCAGUGCUUCUCUACUCAGCCAAGGGAAGGCCAGUGCGCUCAAAAUUGGAGGGGAACUGCGUUACUCGCUAUGUCUACUUUAUUAUAUGAAAGAGGGAAUUUAAUGGAGGCAAUAGACAGGCUGCAGAAAGUUGAAAAUUUAAAACAAUCUUCUCUGGGAGUAAGAGUUGCUGCGGUGGAAGCCCUUGUUGGACUCCAUUUACAGUUGGGGCAAGAUGAUACUUCGUCAGUGGUCGCAGAUAAAUGCUUAGAAGUUCUGGGAAAAUGCAAACCAGAGAGUGAUGGAGGUGAUUAUGCAGCUGUUAGAUCUCGUGCUAAGGCAGUAAAAGGGCUGAUUGAGCUUGUCCACGGGAAUGUUGAAUCAGCUGAAUCUUUCUUCAGAGGAUUUCAGGAGAAUGUGGGUUAUACUGGCAGUGCUGCUUUAUCAUACGGAGAAUAUUUGCAUGUCACACGGAACUUUCCACUGGCUAAGGAGUUCUACCAGAAUGUGAUUGAAGUGUUGAGUGAAAAAAAAGACUUUAGUGAUACAAAUGCCUUGGGAUCAUGUAAUAUGGCUUUGGAGGAAGUUUCCUUGGCAGCUACGUUUGGUCUAGGACAGCUUGAGGGACACAUGGGGAACUUUGGUGAUGCUGAGGAGAUAUUGACAAGGGCUUUAACUAAAACAGAGGAACUUUUUGGCUCCCACCACCCAAAAGUUGGUGUUGUCUUGACCUGCUUGGCUCUCAUGUUUCGGAAUAAAGCAAUUCAAGAGCGGUCAAGUUCUCUUUUGGUACAAGAGGGGCUUUAUAGAAGGGCGAUAGAACUUCUGAAAGCUCCACCAUUGGAUUCUGAAGGUUCUGAGACAAAAGUGGAUGGAAGAGAUAUAAUGGCCCUUGCAAGAGGUGGAUAUGCAGAAGCGCUAUGUGUUCAGCAGAACAGAAAGGAUGAAGGGGAGAGAACGAAAAGGUGGGCAGAAGCUACAUGGAGAAACCGCCGCAUGUCACUGGCUGAGGCCCUGAAUUCAGAGCCAUCUAACAAAGUGAUGGUUAUAGAUGCUCGAACUAGCCGGGCCAUGUAAUCAUCUUUUUCCAGUUUCAGUAGCUGUUAGAUAACCCUAGUUAUACUUUGUAGAUUGCAAGGCAAUAUGAAUGUCGCCUCAAAAUAACUGUAAGAGCAUAAUCUUCACAUAUUGUGGCAUGCAUUCUGCGCAUGGUCUAUUACAUUAUUUAUGUAAAAAUAAUGUGAAGAGAUGCAAACCCAGUGGCAUUUCUCAGUUUUGCCGUCUGUAAUCUUGUUGUAUUAACUAGAGGCUGCUGAAACUCGUAAUAUGCACGAAAAGUAUUUCAAUGUAGAGUUACUGUAUAAACUGUUUGGCUGAAUUUCGUGAUGAAUAAAUUAGCAUUGUUUUA